UAUGUUGAUCUAGGGUGUAUGGUAUUCUGGUGUACUUGUUAAUGGCAUUAAACUGUAAUGUCGCACAUCUGCUACACACCUUAAUAAAAUAACAUGAAAUUAACUGUUGCAACGUUAGGUGCCGUUGUAGCACUUAGCGGUUCUAUUGCCAAUGGCAAUCUUACAGCUCGUGAAUCAUUGAAGGCAGUAGACACUGCUGAUCGUGUCGAUGAGAAAUUCGACGAGGUAGUUUUCGAGGUGUCAAUGUCAAUAAAAAAUGCCGUGAAUGAUGCAUUGUCCUUUUGUGCCAAGAUUGGAACAAUCAUUUGGUUUUCUGACGCAGAAAUCAAACAAUCUACUAAUCCAGCAGCAUUGUUUGACAUUGUGAAAACUAAAUUUGGCGCAAGGGCUUUCGAUCCUAUUUUAGACAAGAAUUUCAAUACAUUGCAUCGUCUAUCUGCACUUGCUCGUUUGUUAUGCCAAGGCAAGAUUUUGUUAAUCGAGAACAAUGUGCAGAAUGAAACCAAGAAUGUAACUGUCGUUACUGAAUUGGAUUCGAAUUUUGUCACCAAGGACCAGCUUUCUAAAUUAGACUCGUCCACUACAGAAUUGUCCCUAUUCCUUAACGAAGGUCAAUGCCCCCUUGAAAGCGAUUCUGAAUCUAUUGAUUUGGGUAACGACCCAGAAGGUGACAAAUUCCGAGACCUUGCAUUUUCCGGCCUUGAAGUUGCUGAUAACCCACCUGAGGACACUGCUAACGAGCCUUUGAUAGAGCCUGAGAAAGCUCAGCCAUUGACCGAGGAAGGCUCCACACAGAGUGAGUCAACGGACGAACCCACUACUGAAUCCACAACCAAACCCGAUGAAACUCCAGAAGCCGAAGGCAGUAGUGCUGAGUUCACUCUCCAGACUCCUGAGCAGGAGUCUAACUUCAUGAAUCGCAUUGAACAGGUGGACGCUCAAGAUCACCCUGGUGAAGAUCUUAAGCCAAUUAAGAUCACUCUGAAGGCUCACGUAACCGAUGCAGGUGACACCGAGCACCUGGACGUGGUGACAUCAGCUACUGUACUUGUUACGGAAACCACUAUCAACAAUUGCCAGGAAGAGCAUUUGUACAAGUGUAUCGAUGCAAUUCGCCAAAAGCUGUUUGAUCGUUAUGAGGAUGUGGUAUCUAAAGAUUUCAUGAGAGGUAAAUUCAUCAGUUUGUUACAGUGCCUCAUGCUCCGCAACGAUGUAUACGCCUCGAAGGUCAACACUGAAGCUGAAAUUCCUGAAAUAGAUGUCUUCAUCCCAUCCUACACCACCAAUAUGGGUAACUUCCCUGAAUGGAAAAAGAUGUUCUGUAACCUGGAGUCUAAUAACAAGCGCGUAACCAUGGAUAUGUCUGCUGCUACAGAGCCGUUGCGUAAACGUGAAGAUUCACAGAUUGUAGCUCUUAGCCAUGGGUAUCCCGUUGACAAGUAUGAGAAGGAAUUCAUUGAGGGACAUCCAGAUCUCCCUUUAGAAACCCCUGAUGAUAAUAAAGUAAGUCGUAAAAGUGAGCCUGUCACAACCGAUACUGACUCUACUCCCGAACAAAGGAAGAACGUCAAGCCUGAAAACCACCAAGAUAUGCAGCGUGUCUUAUCUCAAUAUGAACUUGCCCUAAGUCAGGUUCCUAAGGAAAUUCAUGGUUAUCAGUUGAAUUUUAAGGAUGUUGAGGAGUACCCUAAUUUGCAGAAAAUCUGGCGUUUGGGUCUGACUACAAUGAAUUUAAUGAAGCCUGAAGAUGAGCUCAAGGAUUUCUUGGAAAAACAUACGUUCACCUACGACCAGUUGAAGGAGUUAUUCAAUUUCGCAUACGGUGUGAUUGCCAUUGAGCAGUAUGAAGCUGCCAAGGCUUUCUACGAUAGUGCUAAUAUCCCAAAGGAAGCCCUUGAAACGGGUUUAACUCGUGUGAAGAAUUUAUUUGUCUCCCAUACAGGUACCAAUAUCACUAUGUUACCUCCAGUGGUUAAGCAAACUGCCCAUAUGUGCCCAAUCAAAGACAUGAUUAUCUCGUUAUCGACUGACGAUUUAAUCGAUAGAAUCCACGUUAUGAUCGGUACAUGGCUGGACGGUUACCAGGGUGAGGAAACACCCGAAGGCAACUUCCAACUUGCCACAUUGUGUUCCACUGCAGCUAUACUGGUUCAGCAGUGGAGAUAUAUGCAAUUGUCACAAGGCUACCGCGAGGAUGGUGAUGCCUGGAUUCUUUUGAUGCAGUCAUUCUCUCGUAUGGGACAAAGUCCAAGUGAAACCCCUGAAGUCCGUGAGAAGUAUAAGAGUUUUAUUAACAGCAACGCUGCAAAGGUUUGCAGGAAGUACAUGAACCAAGCUGGUAUUAUCGCUCACAGCCCUUACAAGGGCAUUACUAGGAACAUCGACCCGUUGUCCUUGACUGGUGCCGUCGGUAACGUGCUUGACCAGAAUAUGGAAGCUAGCCCUGCGGAAAUUAUCACAGCAAUGCGCGAUUACUUUACAAUGGCGAACAAAAAGAACCGUGUGAGCAAUGCUAUGGCUGUAUGCCUGUCCAUGCAAAUGCUUACCAGGAUGAAUAGCUGCCUUUCGGUGGACAACUCUAAUGACUACUCAUUGUACAAGUUAGCACUCUUCAGCAAAGACAUGUCUGAUGUCCUGGAUGGUUUUACCUCGUCAAAUGUACACAUUGACGGUAACGACAGGGCUCAACUACCUUUUAUCCAAAUGGCAUGUGACCGUCGCGACAGUGUGGUAGAGGAAACGUUUGAAAAAUUGUUCAAGAUGCUGUCCACCGAAGGCAAUACCAUACUAAUAGAGACUCUCGACGCUCGCAACUACAUUCACCCUGAGGUCGAUGAAAACGGUAUGAUUGCUCAACUUCCCGGUAACAGCGAAUGGGAUGAUAACGGAUUCGUACCUCUUGAAGAUGUGAAAUCUCUGCAAAGCUCUGAGGAACCCGAUAAUGCUCUGGAACCUAACACUGAGAAAGCUGAAUCUAAGCCUUCAUUUCUUGAGCUUCAUGGCCAUAGCAUUGAUGAUGUAAUACCCAGCAAUACUUCUCCCGAAAUUGAUAACAUCAACAGACUUUUGCAUGGAGAUAUGGAUAACGCCAGUAGAAACCAUCGUAUGUCGAUAUAUGAUAAGAUAAUGAGCGGAUACAAUCCAUAUGGCAUUGCUAACCCGGCUGAUGUAAGGACUAUUAACUUCGAGUUCCGCAUGAUUCCAAAGUUCGAUGAUGUUGACCUCAAGACUAUGAGCGUACCACUCCUGUUCUUGAAGGAUGAAUCUGAUUACUUGCGUAACCUUCAUGUUCAUGACUACCCUAUCGUAUUAAUGCGCAAGCUUGAGGAUCGCAUGGACAAGAUGCGCCUUGAAGUCCCUGUCCAUGAUAUGUUCAACCAUGCACGCGCAAUCGCCAACCUUGAGAACAAGAAGGAAGUAACUCUAUCACUAAACAAACACAUGCUAGAGAUGAACAAGCGUUUGAAUGACUACAAGCAGCUGUUGAACAUCAUCAAAGACUUGCCACACGACGGUUACUACUUUGAACAGGCUGAUGGUAUGGAAUUGCCAAGACAUGACAUUGGUAAAAUAACCGCCGACGCUCUUGUCAUGGGCUACACCGAUCCUCACACUAUUGUGAUGCAAAUCAUUGACCCUGUUAUGUUUGUAGACGAUCCAUCGUUGUUCGUGGGUUAAUGGAUUACAUUUCAGAUAUAGGUUGAUGCAUAAGGUUAACGCACUCUCAUUGUGUGGUGACAUAAAUAUUGUCAUUCUCUAGCAUCAAUGAUGUUAAUAGCAAUGCGUAUGACGACUGUGUCGUUAUUUGGUACUGCAUUGAAAUUUGAAUUACCGCCAUCGCAUGAGCGUUUUUACCGAAGCUGCCAGUGACCGCUUCAGCGUAAUCACUAUUAUGAAGUAUAAUUAUUAAGUAUA